AUGGCGCCGCCACAAGACGGACUCUCCCUCCACGACGCGGACGCGAAGUACAAGGUCGCACUCGAGCGCAUUGUCCACGGAGAAGGGACCGUCGCGUUCAAGUUCGGCUCGAUGUACCUCACUCUGCCGGCCGUCAGAGUGAUGUUCGUGUUCACCAAAGAGGACGCGCAGUACGAAGCGCUCAAGUGGGCCGCCGAGAAGAUGCACUACGCGUGCAGCCUGAGCACCACGGCUGAGGAGGCCGUCGAGAAUUUUUUCAACGAGCGCCCGCACCUGGUGUUCAUCGACGCGCGAGGAAAGGGCAGCAUGGACCCGACAGCCCUGUGCAGGACUCUGCGAGGCAACAGAGGCAGCCAGUUCUCGUGCAUCGUGGCUGUCGUUAAGAGAGCGCUGGCCGACAAGGAAGACGCGGCUAUCGUACCACUGCUCAAGUACGGUUUCAGCAGGUGGCUCACUGAAACGUGCUCCCACGGCGUUUGCCUGAACGAGAUGAUCCAAAUCGAGCACAACGACCUGGCCAACCUGCGGAAGCUCGAGGCCUCCGAGGCGCUCUUCUCAGCACUGCACUUCACCCGAGACGGCGUCAUCGUCACCGGACCUUCGCACGAUAUACAGUUCAUGAACCACGCAGCCGAGAGGUUAGUGGGUUACACGGCGGAAGAACUGCUGGGCGAGGACGCCCAAGAGCUGCACCGCACCGGAGCCCUGAAGGCGGAAGUGGCCGAGCACAUCAGCGCCGAGCUCCACAAGGGCCACCCGUGGCAGGGCACGCUAUUCCAGCGCCGCAGGUCCGGCGAAUGCGUUCCCGUCUUGAGCAAGAUUGCGCCCGUCGACAUCACUGGGCCAGGGAAGAUGGACCACGUGGUGUACGUCAAGGAGAACCCUUUUCUCCUGGACAGGCCCUUCUCGCCCGACACUGCCGGCUCCAACAAGCGACAGGCGUGCGCAGCGAAGUACCAAGCGAUGACGAUCGAAGGUCCUGUGACAAAGGUAGUCAACAUGCUGAUGGCGACGAAAGAAAACUGCGCAGCCUCCGUGAGCCAGUCACUGGACCGCGUCAUCGACAUCCUGCGGUCUACUGAACUGUACAACCCGCAACUGAGUGCCAGCAUGGGAAAGGCCGAGGACCAGAUGACAUCAGACCUGGUCGCGGGACUCACUUCCACCGGCCAGAAACCGACGGGCGUCCGGCGACUGUCUCACGAGACUGCGCUGAUGAAAGUGAACGUUGUGAAGGCGACGCCGUCGACGACGGCGACGGCGCACGGCUGCCUCUCGCCCAGCCUGGCCGCAGCACCUUCCAAGAUCCGAGAGCUGCUCGAGAACGACGUCAAGUGGGACUUCGACAUCAUCGAACUGGAGUCGCACACCUCACGACGAGUUCUACGCAGGCCGCUCAUCUGGCUGGGCAUGUCCGUCUUUGCCAAAUUCAGCGUGCACACCAGUCUGGAGUGCGGCGACACCAUCAUAAGUAACUGGCUGCAGCUGAUUGAGUCGCACUACCAGGACAACCCGUACCAUACCUCGACGCACGCGGCAGAUGUGAUGCAAGCAACGGCGUACUUUCUGCUAAGGCUGAGAAACAAGGACAUAUUUGACCCGCUAGACGAAGCCAUCUGUCUCCUGUCGGCCGUCAUUCACGACGUCGACCACCCCGGGAGGUCAACUCCAUUCCUCUGUAACUCCCAGGAUCCGCUAGCCAUUCUCUACAACGAUCGGUCGGUGCUCGAGACUCACCACGCAGCAUUGGGCUUCAAACUGACGCUGUCGGACGAGAAGGUGAACAUCUUCCAGAACAUGGAGCGUGACGUCUACCGUUCGGUGCGAGCUUCCAUCAUCGACAUGGUGCUGGCUACAGAGAUGACGAAGCAUUUCGAGCACCUGUCCAAGUUUCUCAACGCCUUUCAGAAACCCGCCCAAGACGACGACGCGUUUGGACCAGAGGUGACAAGGACUAAAAGCACGUAA